CAAAACGGAGUUAUGAUGAAAUGCAAAUUGACAGGACUGGCAUAAUCUGCAAUGCUCUUAUUCAACCAUUCAGCUCUGUCCCGAGUCGAGCAGGGGAUCUUACGUCUCUUAUUAAUGCGCUAUUAACUUGGAAACUGUCUGUAUCCUUCUAUGAGGAGAUAAAGUUUCCUCAGCUUGCUGAUUUUAUUGAAACAAAAAAUGAUGAAUGCGAAAGAAUGGAUAGUAUUAUUAGAAUUCCACUCCAGAUUUUUCAUGAGAAUCUUGGCAGAGGAAUACUUCCAAUUGAAAUGGAUCGGAAUAGUAAGGAUGGUAAUAAAAGACCAGAUUUUCUAUGCUGGACAAACAAUGUACUUUUGCUUAAAGGCGAAGAGAAGGCU